UGUGUGAGAGAGAGAGAGAGAGAGAGAGAGAGAGAGACAGACAGACAGACUCGUACAUCAGAGGAGAGAAGCUCAGUGCACAGGUGUAUAUGGUAACAGUAGCUAUGAUCAUUUAUUCUCCAGUUUAGCAGGCAGGUUGUGUUUUUCUUGCUCUAAUCACUCCUCACACAGUGACUCUCAUGGAUAUUCCUGUCAUCCUCUGUUUACUGUUAGAUUACUACUUGUUUUCUGUUACAAUUUUGGGCACAUCUGCGCAACUGACCUCGAAUAAAGAGAUCAUUUUGGACUCUCCCACAGAGGGAAAUCUGCAAUGGAUAUCCAAACCACCCAAAGCUUGGCAAGAAACAAGGCUAAAGCUGGGACUGAACCUUGCCCACUCAGUCUACCAAGGCUGUGAUUCAAAGCUAAACAACACCCUAAAAACAUUGUGGACUAAUUGGAUUGCGAAAAAGGACGCCCAUGAACUUCAGCUGGACCUGCUUUUUGCUCAAGAUGACAAAACACCUGUCACCAUCCAGUUAUUGGAGUCUGAUAUCCCAGUGGAAUCUCCUAGACGUGGACAAAUGCGACAAGAGACUGUAGCUCCACAAGCAUUUACUCAAGCUACUACAUCUCAGGAUGUGGAGACACAUCUGUAUCAUGCGCAGGGUCUAUACUUGGGAAAGAUCACAACAAAGGGUUUUCAUUUGGGUUUCUCCUACAGGGGAUCAUGCAUGUUUAUUUCCUCCGUGCGGGUCUUCUACAUGAAAUGUCCAGGGUUGACGGUGAACCAGACUAGUUUUGGAGGAGCAUCGGCAGGGUCAGGGUGGAUCAGUGGCCAGUGUGUGUCUGGAGCUGAAGAAGUGUCUACCCCAAUGAUUGAGUGCAAGCCCAAUGGACAGUGGGGUGAAAUGCAAGGAUUCUGUGUCUGUGGAGGAGGUUAUCAAACCGACGGGAACAUGUGUAAAGCUUGUAGUUUGGGCAGCUACAAAGCUGCCAAUAGUGGAGAAUGUCAGCUUUGCCCAUCCAAUAGCCAAACAUUCUCGGAAGGUGCUUCAAAGUGUGAUUGUGAAGAGGGAUAUGCCCGACUGCAGAAUGACCCACCGGAACUAGGCUGUACAAAAUCUCCAUCAGCACCGCUCAAUUUAACUAUCCAUCAGUUGAGUAGCGGAUCCCUGAUUCUGACCUGGGCCAUACCUGCAGACCUGGGUGGAAGAGAGGAAGUGAUGUAUGAUGUAGAGUGCAGACAACAAACAGGAGAAUCUCAUACUCCAUGGGUUCCAUGUGACGAUACCAUGUUAAUAACUCCACAGUCUGUGGGUCUGACUGAAACUGUGGCCAACAUUACUGGAUUACAGCCACAUGUGGGAUACCAGUUUUCUGUCAGAGCAUACAACAGAAUAUCUCAGAAACUGGGCACAUCUGGGUCUACACAUUCCAUUACUAUAUGGAAGACUCCAGUAGUGAUCACUGCUGUUCCUGGACCAACAUCUAAUGCCCAGGAAAAGCUCAAAACUCCAGUGAUUGUCAGUGUGCUGUGUGGAAUACUGCUACUCCUGGCUCUGAUAUCAACUGCCUUUUGCUUUAUACGCAAAGGUUAUAAAAAAUUCAGAGAAGAUCAGGAAGUGGACAUUGUGCCUUUACAGGAUAUUGUUACAUCGUACAGACUCUCUGAAGAACCAGAAACUACACCUCCUCAACAAACUACCAGUUCUGUUCAGUUUUUGGACAGUGUCAGUGAAAAACUGCUGUCUGGUAUUAAAGACGUGUUGGUAGAUCGCAGCCGAAUCACACUGGGCAAAGAGCUCGGGAAAGGAGAAUUUGGAGCAGUCUAUGAAGGCAUAUUCUUAACAGAAGAUAAUAAGAACAUCCAAGUGGCAGUGAAGACCAUGAAAGUUGAAAUUUACAGCCAGGGCGAUCUCCAGUCAUUUCUCAAGGAAGCUGAAAUUAUGCAACACUUUCAUCAUGAUAACAUAGUGAAACUUUUAGGUGUCACUCUGGAGACAGUACAGGACUCAUCCAUCCCUGUUCCACUUGUCAUCCUACCAUAUUUGAAACAUGGAGACUUGAGACGAUUUCUGAUAGCCACCCGUUAUGGUGACAUUCCUAUGUUCAUACCUCAUCAGAGUUUGCUACGCUUUAUGAUUGACAUUGCCUCAGGCAUGGAGUAUCUCAACUCCAAGGGCUUUUUGCAUAGAGAUUUGGCAGCACGCAACUGCAUGUUGGGAGAUGAUCUACACGUACGUGUGGCUGACUUCGGCCUGUCCAAGCAGAUUUUCAGCAGUAACUACUAUAGACAGAAGGUUGCUAUCCGAAUGCCAGUCAAGUGGAUGGCCAUAGAGAGCCUUCGUGAAUCCAUCUACACCAGCAAGAGUGAUGUGUGGUCCUUUGGAGUGACCAUGUGGGAGAUUGUGUCCAGAGGAAGGAAUCCAUAUCCUGGCAUUCCCAACCAUGAGCUUUUGGAACUGCUGGAGCACGGGCAUCGCCUCAAACAGGGGGACUGUGACAGUAAACUAUAUGAGGUGAUGCUAAGCUGCUGGCACAAAGAGCCCUCUCAGCGGCCUUGUUUUGCAGAGCUGGCUCAGAGACUCAAAGCUCUACUGUGUGAACUUCCGCCCUUGGAGCCCAGUAAAGAGAACUACUACAUCAACCAGGGCUUGGAGGCAGCCAACACCACCCAGAGUAGUGCUGCAGAGCCUGACCCUGAGGGAGCUGUAGGAAACAUUUAUUUGCCCUCGCCGGUGGGCAAAAUAGACUGUGCUAAAGAGGAAAUGAAGGAAGACACAGAAGGAUAUCUACUUUGCAGUAAAGGUGGCAUGUAGACUGUCAAAAAAGGAGGUACAAAAUCUUGCUGCGCUGUGCAUAGUGCUAUGUUUUUACAUUAAUGUAUAUCUGUUUAUGCUGUGUACCCAAUGCAAAAUUAGAUUGAUUUAUAUUUUUUACAUUUUCUGAGAUUUUUUAAAUAAAUUAAUCAGAAACAGGAGGACAAUUUGUGAAAAAAAUUCUACAGUAAAAUUAGUUAACUGAUUUUUUUUGUUUGUUUUGUUUUAUGAACACAUAAUCAACAUUAAUGUAUCCUAAAUAGCUGAUACCUCUGUCUGUAGUUCAGUGUGCACGCUUUCUAUUUAGGGCCAACAGUAUAUAUAAUUCAGACAUUAGAGUUUGGGCCAUGUGUCUAAACACAACACUUGUCAACACCAUAAAGCCAGAUUAGUAUUUCUAUGAGCAUCAGUGAUCACUGUUUUUCAUUCAACCAGACAUGAAAAGAAAAAGUAUUUUCUUACUGAGUGAAUAACAGACAACACUUAAAGUCCCACAGAAAUAGUGACCCAAUGUCAUAUCAUCUAGAGAUAUGAUAAAGAGCUCCUUUACCAAUACUGUGUAAAAAAUGGUGGUACACUUCGAAAUACAAGGUUUCUCAAAAUGAUGUUAACACUAAUGGAUUAUUUUUCUCCUGCAGAUAAACGUAUGCCAUGGGUAACAAAUUAAAUGGUUCUGUUGCUCACUGAUUUUUGUGUGUUGAACAUGAUGGCGAACAGGUUGAGACCGUCCUGUAAAUCAUCUUGCACAUAUGAUGUAUGUUUUGUGAAUAAAUGGUUUCUACCA